CUGGGAUUUUCAGUUUCGCUAUCAGCGCACGAAACCGACUAUCUCAGAAAAUGAAAAUCUCGUAACACCGAUCGGUUCUUCGCCGAAUCUCAAAAAGCGUCAUAUUUCGAGUGCAUCGCCGUUUCAAGCCGAACCCGUUCAAAGGUUAAUAAUUGUCUUGAGGAGGAGCACGUCCACGCAGACAAAACUGAAAAAGCGUUAUCGUUGUUGAACCGCACUCGUUUGACAUGGCGGAGAGGACUUCCUCAUCUGCAGAUGAUCCAGUGAUCCGGAUUCUUCUGGUGGGCAGGAAGGGUUCUGGGAAAAGCUCAUCUGGAAACACGUUACUGGGAAAAAAGUUCAAAGUUCACAAACACAAGACGAAACAUGAAACGAAAAUUUGUGAUGGUAAAACACAAAUCUGUGGGAAGCAGGUUGCCGUGAUCGAUUGUCCGGAUUUACUGGAUCAAGAUUUGAGUGAUCAGAAGCUGAAGAAACUGAAAGAGAAGCUGGUCUCUCGAUGUUCAGCGGGUCUCAGCGCCGUCCUGCUCACCGUUCCUCUGGAGGAAACUGUGGAAAACGAGGAAGAGAUCCUGCAUUUUAUCAAAGGUUUAUUUGGUCCUAAAGUUCAGAAGUACAUAAUGGUUCUGUUUACACGAGGAGAUGAACUGGAGGAGCUGGAAGAACCACAAAGCAUUGAGCAAUAUCUGGACAGUGAAGAACAUAAGGAUCUCCAGCGACUGGUGACUGAAUGCGGAGGAAAGUUUCACUGUUUAGAUAACAAGAGAAAAUCAGACAGUCAGAUACGAGAGCUGCUGCAGAAGAUUGACAACAUGACGGUGGAGAACGGAGGGAAGUUUAUCAUGGAGGAAAUGAAAAGGAGGGACAGCAAGGAGAUUCGUGUAAAUUUUUCAGACGUGUCUCCAGCUGAUGAUCCAAGUCAGAUUCAAGCCAUUCCUGAUAGGAAAGACCAGAUCAGGCUGGUUCUGCUGGGAAAAACUGGAGCUGGGAAAAGUGCCACUGGAAACACCAUCAUCGGCAAAAAAGUGUUUGAAUCGUCCAUCAGCUCAGACUCUCAAACAAAACAGUGUCACUUAGAAACCAAUGAGAGGAUGGGUAAAAACAUCUCGGUGGUCGACACUCCUGGACUUUAUGAUACCGCAAACACUGAGGAUGAGGUUGAAAAGGAAAUAGGGAAAUGCAUAACAUAUGCUUCUCCAGGACCACACGCUUUUAUUAUUGUGAUUAGACUGGGUCGCUUCACCGAAGAGGAGAAAAAUACAGUACAGGAGCUGAAGGAACUGUUUGGAGAACAGAUAGAAAAAUACACCAUGAUCCUCUUCACUCACAAAAAUCAGUUAGAGAAGGAAAAUAAAACCAUCGAAGAGUUUCUACAGCUGGGUAAUUCUGAUCUGCAAGCCCUCGUACGCAGCUGUGGAAACCGGUUCUUCUGUCUGGACAACGAGUCUGCUGGAUAUCCACAAAUCAAAGAUCUGAUCGGUAAAAUAGAGUUGAUGGUGGAGGAAAACGGCGGGGCGUACUUCACCAACAGCAUGUUUGAAGACACUCAGAAACACAUUCAGGAGAUCUUGAACAAGAAGCUUGACAAAACGCGAAAGCAGUUUAAGAAGGAACACAAACAAGUCUCUCAAACGGAGUGGGAGAAGAUAUACUGGAGUUUAGUAGAGGAAUCGAGACACGAAGCUGCGGAGUCGUUAACGGACUCGUUGAUUGCUGCUUUAGCCAGAGCUCUGAAGAAAGUAGUGGUGACGCGCGAGGAGAAAGAGAGUGCCAUAAAGCAGGCUGAGAGCAAAGGAAUCAGUCAUACAGAGGCUGUCCGGCUCGCAGCCAGAGCCACAGGGACACUAGCCAAGCAGAAGUUGUGUGGGAUUCAGUGAGGAGACUGAUUUAUUCAAUUCGCUUCAAGUUGGUUUUCAUAGGGCUUCAAAGAACAUUACAGAAAACACUUUCCUCUCAGCUCAACCAGAGGUCCUGAGCUAAACUAGAUAAAUCUCUAGUUUUGAUAUUAUUUUUUUGUAUUUGAUUUUACAAAAAAGUGCCUGUUGACUGUCAAUGUUUUUUUUUCUUUUGAUCUGUAAUGCAUUAGAGUACACUGAAGGCUGAUCCAGACCGUGAUAAAACGCCUCAUUUAAGCACACCUCCACAGGUCACAGUGUGG